AUGGAGAGACUAAUAAUUUGCAUUUUGUUUCAGAAAGAUUCAGAUCCUGGUUUAGGUCCCGGAUACUCGUGCCUGUUACGUAUUGACCCAAACGGACACAUUUUAUAUUGGACACCCGCAUUUAACGCUUCAAAAAAGAAGGAUUCUGAGUAUCACUAUCGUUAUUUAUCUGACGUAGUCGAUGUUCGCAAAGGCAAAUACGCUGUCAGUUAUCACGGUUCACCAUUAAAUAUGAGUCAGAAGAUGAUGGAAAAGCAAGCUCUUCCGUUUGGUCAGAACAACAGUCUUACACGUUGCCUAAUCACGAUCGUAGUUGCUACAACAAUCACAAAUCCUGAGUUUCUGACUUUCAUGACUUCCUCGGGUGAGAUUGAAGUUGCCGAUGAAUGGGCUGAUUACAUUUACAAACUAUCAUUGGAAAUUCGAAGACGAAAACGAGGAGUUUUGUACUACAUGGAGAAGUUAUUAGCACCACUUCGUUACGCAAAUAAUCUAACUUACAUUACAAUUGAAAACAUAGCACGAGUUGUGGUGCCAUCUGAGCAGAACACUUCUGGCUAUAAUCGUGUUCUCCAUUCCCUUAGCAAAACGAGAACUCGUGAUCAUAAAACUCGCAAACCUUACGGUAUAAUGUCAGUGAAGAAAAUUGAACGAUUUCUGAAUUUUGUACAGCGGGAUCCAAGACAAAACGAGGUGUUGUACCCAAUGGCUAACCGCGAUACAGUUAAAACUCUACUGAGCAAGUACAGCAAGCAUCAAGAUUACCUAACAUAUGAAGGUUUUGUGAGGUACCUUUUGAGUGACGAUAACGUUGAAAUUACAAAUUACUGCCUACGGUUUGUAGAAGAAAAUAUGCAUGAACCAUUAUCUUGCUAUUACAUCAACAGUUCGCAUAAUUCAUAUCUUAAAGGAGCACAAAUAUGGCAUGCUCGAUACUUUUGUGCUGACCCAAGUACGUCUGCCGAUGUAGAAAUCUAUCGUCAGAUACUGCUAUCGGGAUGCCGCUGUGUUGAGAUAGACUGUUGGGAUGGAUGUGAUGGUGAGCCGAUAGUCACGCAUGGGCCAACCGAAAUUACUUUUAUUGAGCCUAUUGCAUUAAAAGUAUUACUAGGAUUACUUUUUUGUUUGACUGGUUUCGCUCUUCUUGAUGAGCGCAGUUUUCCACUGUCUUCACUUCUAGCUCAGCAAGGAAAAAUGGCAGAAAUAUUCGCAGAAUGCUUUGGUGACAGUUUGUUACGAGAGCCAAUUCCCGGACAUCCGGUGACAAUAGCUUUCAAUUGUUUCAAGAUCAUUUAG